AUGGCGAGCGUCUCAGAGAACACAUUGAGUCCGGAAAGCGACGAAUGUCUGAAGGAUCGCCACUGGUACGCAUUCCUUUGCUCCAGCCUCAUCUCCUUCUUCACAGGACUGCUCUGCGUCUUGAUAUGGAGGAUUUGCUCGUGGACAGUCUGCCAGAUUAGCAUCUUCCGAGCUAGCAAACAGCAGAUUCCAGCUAUCUUAGAAGCUAGUAGCGUUCUCGCAACGGCUUCGAAACAAAAAGCAGACAAAGCGGAGCCAAAAGUCGGUUCACUAACAUCGGCUCAGGAUUGGGCUGGAGGGUUGAUAUCCGGUCAAACAACUAUUGGACAAAUAUUAGUUGUGAUAGUCUUCCUGAUGAGCAUUGCUUCUCUGAUCAUCUACUUCAUUGAUUCAUCGACGGAAGCAGUGGAAUCGUGCGAGAAGUGGAGUACUAGCACGACGCAGCAGGUCGAUCUCAUUUUCAACAUCUUUUUCAUGUUCUACUUUUUUAUUCGGUUUUUAGCGGCGCAGGACAAGUUGAGCUUUUUAUUUGAGAUAUUCUCGCUCGUAGACUACUUCACGAUUCCUCCAUCCUUCGUGGCUAUCUAUCUCAACCGGAACUGGCUUGGGUUAAGAUUCACCCGCGCCUUGCGUCUCAUGACUAUACCAGAUGUCUUACAGUACCUCAAUGUCCUCAAGACCAGCAACAGCAUCAGGUUGUGUCAGCUGGUCUCCACUCUUAUCAGCGUCUGGUUCACUGGCGCCGGAUUUGUUCAUCUGGUUGAGAACUCUGGCGAUCCGUUCACGGGCUUCACAAACAUUCACGCCAUGUCGUAUUGGGAAUGCGUCUACUUCACGCUCGUCACCAUGUCGACCGUCGGCUACGGCGACACCUACUGCCACACGACACUCGGAAGGAUAUUCAUGGUCUUCUUCAUAUUAGGAGCUCUUGCCAUGUUUGCUAGCUUCAUUCCAGAGAUAAUGGACAUUCUGGGAACGAGAAGCAAAUAUGGAGGGGCCUACAAAACUGAAGGUGGAAAAAAACACAUUGUACUGUGUGGCCACAUAACGUAUGAGUCGGUCACGAACUUCAUGUCGGACUUUCUGCACAAAGAUAGGGAGGACAUGGGCGUCGUUCUUGUUAUAAUGAACAGAAAAGAGCCAGAUUUGGAGCUGGAGGGCUUGUUCAAACGCCACCUGACCCAGGUGGAGUACUUCCAAGGGACUGUCAUGGACGCCAACGACCUCCAUCGUGUCAAUAUCAAGAGAGCUCACGCCUGUCUGGUGCUGGCCGACAAGUACUGCGAAGACCCGGACGCUGAAGACGCUGCCAACAUCCUCAGGGUGGUCUCCAUCAAAAACUACUGCGACGACAUCCGCGUCAUCAUCCAGCUGCUCCAAUACCACAAUAAGGCUGGUAGAGCGUACCUGCUAAAUAUUCCCAGCUGGAAUUGGAAGAGAGGAGAUGACUGCGUCUGUCUGGCGGAACUGAAGUUAGGUUUCUUAGCUCAGAGCUGCUUGGCUCCUGGUUUUUCAACGUUGAUGGCUAAUCUCUUUAGUAUGAGAUCCUAUAAGACGUUAAGUCCUGAUAUGCCACAGUGGCUGAAUGAUUACUUACGAGGCACCGGCAUGGAGAUGUACACGGAACUUCUCUCCAACUCAUUUGCAGGACUCACUUUUCCAGAAGCUGCUGAGUUGUGUUUCUUGAAGUUGAAGCUGCUGCUGAUCGCCAUCGAAGCGAGGCAGGAAGGCGCCGACGAGAGUUACAUCCUCAUCAACCCUAGGUACGACGUCAAACUCGAAUCCAACAUCAGGGGUUUCUUCAUUGCAGAGUCUGCUGAUGAAGUUAAGAGAGCCUAUUAUUAUUGCCAGUACUGUCACUACAGCACGAUUGAUUACAAACAAAUCAAAAAGUGCCUUUGUAGGACAGCCGUCAUACAGUUGCCAUCGAAGUACAACCGAAUUGGAGGAACAUCAGUUUUGUUACGAACAAACGCGUUGAAAAGGUCCUCCUACUCACGCAGCAGCAUCGGCAACAACAUCAACAUGUUCUCAGGCCGGUCGGCAGCCGCGACACCAACUUCAACAAUUAGUUUUAGCAUUCCAGCAACGCAACAACUCUCGGCCACAACGACCCAGCCAGCAGCGGUGACAAGCGCGGUUACAUCAGCCACAGAACUCCUGAUGAAUGAACCUUACAACAAGUUUGACAGCACGCUCAUGUUCCACUGGUGCCCACCACAAACCUUAGAAUCUUGUAUUAUUCACUCAUCGUCGUCGUCGUCGUCGACUUCAUCACCUCCGUAUUCAUUCUGCAAUCACGUUGUUGUCUGCCUGUUUGCUGACCCUCACUCGCCGGUCAUCGGCCUGAGGAACCUGGUCAUGCCACUGAGGUCUAGCAAUUAUCAUUUCACAGAGCUCAAGUCUGUGGUCAUCGUUUGUGAUAAGGACUACUUGAUCAAAGAAUGGAAGAACUUGUGGAAUUUCCCAAAAAUAUUUGUCAUCGAUGGCUCGCCCUUGAACCGAGCCAAUCUGAGAGCGUGCAACAUAAACGCCUGCGACAUGUGCAUCAUCCUGUCGGCGAGAAACGCGAUCGUCGACGACUGCAACCUCGUCGACAAGGAGGCCAUCCUGUGUUCACUGAACAUCAAAGCCAUGACCUUUGAUGAUGUGUACGAGCAGGUGAAGAGUGUGCACAGGUCCAACAUGUGGUCGACAAGUGGGUGUCUAGUGCGUCGCCGACACACGCACAUCAAAUCUGGGGCGUCCAUACCAAUGCUAACUGAAUUAGGAAAUGACGCCAAUGUGCAGUUUUUGGACCAAGACGAUGAAGACGAUCCGGGCACUGAGCUAUACAUCACGCAGCCCUUUGCCUGUGGCACUGCCUUCGCUGUGUCCGUCCUCGACUCUCUGAUGAGCACGACUUACUUCAACGAAAACGCCCUCACCCUGAUACGAACCCUCAUAACGGGAGGCGCCACACCGGAACUGGAACAAAUCCUGGCAGAGGGAAUCGGCAUGCGAGGGAACAACACUCCAAGCCCACCUGAAUUCACGACGAUCCGAGACAGAAGUCGAGUUACUCAAUUGAACCUCACCGAUGAACCGUUUGAUGUUCUCGGGGAAAACGCCACGUACGGGAUGCUCUUCUCCUACGCAUUACGAAAAUACGGCAUUCUCUGUUUCGGAUUGUACCGCUACAUGGAUCCGCUCAACAGUGCAGACACCAACCCUUCCGCUAAACGUUUUGUCAUCACAAACCCCCCCGAAAAUUUCCAACUUAUUCUAACUGAUAAGGUGCAGAGGUUCUUUCAAGUUUUUCACAUUUGA